AAAGAAACGUAAAGAAGAAGAAGCAGAACAAGCUAAAUUUGUAGGCACCAAAGUGACAAGAGAUAGCUUUUUGGAUUGGAAAAAGAAGUUUGACGCAGAAAUAGCAGAAAAGGAUGCUGUAGCAAGAGCACAAAAGGCAAAGGAACUAAAGGGAAAACUGACAGGUCGUCAAUUGUUUGAGCAAGACAAGACUUUGGCUAUGUCCGAUGCUAGUUAUAUGGAUGAAGGCGAUGUAUCAGUCGAUGUGUCUCAGUUUGAUAAAGAGGAUCGUGCUGGUGCUUUUGAUGAUCAAUAUAAAGAUGAAGAAGAAAAUCCUGUGUGGAAGAAUGUGGAUUAAAAUAAACUCAAUUUAUCACACGUGAUUUCUUUUUCUUUAUUUUUUAAUGGCACUUUUAUCCUUUGGAUUCAAUGGUUUUGAACAAAUUAGACAAGAAACAAACAUUACAAGAAUAUUAUUCACUUCUUGGGAGACAGCCAUUGUUGUCGUGAAUGAUGAGAUUGUCGUGUGGGGAUAUCAACCUGACUAUAUAACACCAUUAUUGAAUAAUGCUCAUUUGAUUCAGUCCAUCUUUGGUGAUCCUAAUGAGUGCAUGGGUAUCAUAACCUAUACCAAUACUUCCACCACCAUCACUCCUUCUGGCAAGAGACACGACUGGACUGAUGUACAAGACGCCUGUUGGAGCCAAGGAUCGAUCUUUGUCUUGAGUACACAGGGAGUAUUGUGUCAAGAUCAACAACCGAUUGUUGGUUUGCCCAAAGUCAGAGCUAUUUGUGGAUCGAGUCAACAUGUGCUCUGUCUGACCGAUGAAGGCAUCUACGGUAUUGGGUCAAACCGAUUCUCUCAACUGGGAACUGAGCCAUAUCAGGAACAACAACAAGAACCGCAGAUGAUUGAUCAUUUUUCAGGGCUUUAUUUUGAUCGAGUAUCGCUCGCGUGCGGACCAUUUCAUUCGGUUGUCAUUAUUGAUGGAGAUGUGUACACAUUUGGGUUAUCAAAAGAUGGCAGACUGGGUUCAGGAGAUAGUGAUAGUAUUGUGGAUCUAGCCGUUUUUUUAGAUGAUCAGGGUGAACCUGUCGAAGUGAAUGCGGUCAAGGCUGUCUGUGGAUCAUGCCAUACACUAGUACUGGAUGACCAAGGUAGAGUAUGGUCUUGUGGAAGCAACAAAUAUGGUCAACUCGGUCGAUCAGUUAUCGAAGGAUAUGAUGCCUACUUUCGUCAGUGCACGUCUGUGAAUCAAAAGGCGAUUGAUUGCUCAGCUGGACGAUGGAACUCGUUUGUUUUAACUAUUUAAUCUUUAUUAUCAUUUUCAGCAUUACCCAUUAAAUUGAUAAUUCUACGCAUGAUUAAGUCAUGAUUUGGGUUCGCCUCUAUAUGAUCAUCACUCAUGAUUUUCU